CAGGUAAAAUUUCGUGGAGAACUUACGCCACGAAUAGAAAAAGAUAUUCACUGUUGCCUCGCCGUUAUUCAGUCAUUGAAAGACUUUCUGUGCUCAUUUUCAGUAUGGCGGAGAAUAUUUAACGUACUAUUUUAAAGGUAUGUGUAACAUUAAUUAGUACACCUCUGGGAAAUUACGCUGCAAAAACUGAAUGGAAUAGAUUAUAAGGGAAGAAAAGUAGCAGUAUUAUUGGAGUGGAGUAUUAUACACAAACCAUGUCAUUUUCAUUGGAAAUGCUCACCAAAGCAGCGGACUUGGUAGAAACGCAAGAAAAACAAAAGAGAUUAUUGGAAUCACCAAACCCGUUGUCUGAAACAAGAAAACCAUCAAGUAACAUAAGCGAAACAAAUUCGGAAGACAUUGGACGUAACGGUACAAAAGAAAGAACAAUAAACGGAACAGGAGAAAAUCACCACCAAGGACACAUGUUACAAAACGGAAGACUACAUGACAAUACAAAGCAUUCUCCUGGUACUGGCAGCAAUUUAACGAAAACUGUUAAUAACCAUGACAGGCAUGCGAGCGAAGACGAAUUAAGAAAUCGAACGGAGAAUAGUCAACAGGUUGUUGCUGAUCCGUCGAGUAUACCAGAAUCUGCACAAUAUCUACUUUAUCAACAGAGACUUGCAGAACGCGCUAACGGAAUAGACUCACAGAAAGUGGACUUAAAACACAGACCGUCUGACGAAAGGCCGAGAACACUGCACUCGCCAGAACGCUACCACCCUGCAGAACGCAGGUCGGCAUCGCCUGUCACCGACAGAGGUGGCGAAACAAACGCUUCGACGAAGCCAAUGGUGUUGCUGCAACCUCCCACCGCAGCCAACUUUUCCAGCGUCGGGUCAACGCAUCCAGCACAACUUUCAAAUCCAGUACUGCAUGCUGCAGCGGCUACGAUGCAUCAUCACCCGUAUAUGUACUCGAUGAUGUAUCCCACUGGAGUACCACUGGAUCCAGCGCUUGGAGGGGCGUUCGCAAGAGUACCUGGAGCUGGUCUGAAAGAAGGCGAAGGACCAACAUCUUCUCCAAACGCAUCUCCGAAUGCAAGUUUGUCUGCUGCAACAGCUGCGGGAAUGCAUUUUCCGGCUGGGUUAAUGUACCCACUUGCGGCUAACCAAGCACUUUUAAUGGGAACCAGGGCGCCCGGGAGUAUUUCUGACAUUUCUCCGUUACUUCUUGCACAACCGUCGGCGGCAUAUCCAGGUCAUGCUGGCGUUGCACCAAAUUUUUUGAUGGAAUAUAAACGAUUACUAGAAGGCUUACAAUUCCCUGCCGCCACGUAUCCUAUCCAGUCACAAUUUAGUGAACAGUACAUUAGAGCCCUAAUGGGACAAGGUAUUGAUUGUUCGAAAGAAGCAUUGGCUUUGAGCGCGAUUCCGGGUAGAUUACCACAAGGAAUGCCUCUAGCUGCUCUGCAGGGGCAACCUGGGGUUACCGAGCUGAUGCGUUAUCAAGAGCAAUUGAACUCCGCAAUGGGAAUUUUACGGCCUCAAGAUGGGAUGUCGCCUCGUGCCGCAUCGCCUUACGCUAGCAAAAGACGGACAGAGUCGCCAGUGCUUCCGAACGGCAAUAAGAUUGCCACAUCGUCAUACCCUUAUCACGUGGCUUCACUCGCACAGCCCACUAUAAAUAACCUAAGCUAUGCUCGUCCCCACGCUCGUUCACCGGCAUCUGUGUUUUCCCAAGGCCACCGGUCACGGUCACCACAAUCGGAAACAAGGAAACCGGAACCUGAGCGAUCCGUUUACAGAAACCACUCACGCGAUCUGGAUCGAGAAGUCAACAACGCCACCAAAGAUCUGGCAUCGACUUCUGCCUCAAUUAAUCAGAGCAGAAACAGCAGUGAACACGUUGCUCAUUCAUAUUCUGUUACUGAUGUCACGGGGAGAAAGAUACAAUUACCGGCAUUUUAUUCGGGCGGCGCGUCGGUCCACGUACCACAUGGCUAUCCUGUCGGAAUGGCCGUUCAUCAUCCAGGAGAUGAGAGAUCUUCUCCAUCACCUCAUUCUCGUGCAAGUGACGAACGGAGUUAUCAUCGGCCAUCAAGAGAGAGGUCUCCUGGAGGUGAUCACCUACCAAAUAAGAGGCGAUCUCUCGACACCCAAUACAGGCAUAGCCCGGCAUUAAAUGAUCGGCAUCACAGUCGCCCAGAAUCACCGACCACUAACGGACAAAUUCCAGCAGUGAGACAUUCCCUUGUAAAUGGAAGUGUUGAAGUGGCCGCGGAACUAGACAAAGUUCGCUCGCAUUUGAUGCGUCCAAUAGGACAUGUUGGUACACCCAAUCAAUCUGGGCUAGCCGAAGGGCGUGAGCAGGGAAGUAGCAGUCCCGCGACCACGAAUCCGUACCAUCUGCCCCCGUAUCUCGCCCCUCAGUUUAUAAUGCCACACUACGCCCAAGCACUAGCAGGCGCUGCCAAAGGGUCGGAUUUGGCAGCAUUGUAUAAAGCUAGCGAGAACGGAGCCGAUUAUUCAAGAUUGUCCAGACUUCCAUUUGGUAUGGCGUUGUUGCCCCAACCACAGCAACAUUUACUAGCGUCUGGACGAUCACCUCACGUGCUUCAACAGGAAUACGCUGCUGCCGCAUUGAAGACCCAGUCAUACUUGGCUUCGCAAGCAGCAGCUAAAGAAAGUGGAAAAUCAAGUCCAGCCAAUAUCAGAGAAAAGCACCAUUCUUUAUCUCAGUCCAUUCACCCAAGUCUAUUGACACAGGAACCUUCUCGAGCUUUGUCUCCUGCAAAACAAGGACUAAAACCGAAACAUUCACCAAGCCCACAGUUUUCAAAAAGCCAGCAUCACCAACUCAUGACAGAUUCACAUUCUCCACCCGGUGUUAGUAUCAGCAGCGCUAAUGCUAGUUCUGAUGGACGCCGAUACAUGUCGCCUCGUCCCGAACGACGUGACACGUCCCCAAAACCCGUGGCAUCCAAUAAACCGUAUAGGCCGAACCCGAUGUUACGGGACUUGGAGCGAAGCAGGAAAAGGAAACUACUUGAGGAAGAAAUAGCGAUGGGGGAGGAAGCGAGUAAUUUUCGUCAAGGAAAGCAGCAACAACUUAUACAGCAGAGACAGGAUCAAAGAGAGCAGUUGCCAAAAGACGCAAAGAAAGAUCCAAAAAGGCGAAAACAACUCAUUACUGAUGGUGACCCAGAUAUCGAGGAACACUUUCGUCGUUCGUUGGGGAAAGAUUACAAGGAGACUUCGAACAAAGUCAGCAUCACUGGUACUGUGGAUGAUCAUUUCAAAAAAGCGCUCGGUGUUGGUGUUUGGGACAAGCUUCAAACACCACCAUCAACGACGCCAAUAAAAGCUGAACAGCGAGAGGUCGUUGUUCCUCACUCAUCUCCUGCAUUACCAUCGUAUUCCGUUGCAGUCGCUGCAGGAACAGUUCGUGGAUACCCAGCGUAUGCCGAAAGCAAGGAAGCCCUACGAAUGUACGAUCCUGCUUAUUUAGCCAGUAGGGAGCGAUAUCAUAUACAAAGCAUGGCAAAUCAACAGCGACGGACUGAAAAAUCUCCUCCAAGGGCACCCGGUUCCACUGUAUUAUAUCCACCGAAUCCACCACCCGUGGGUCCAGCAAAACAAAGGGUAAAAGCUAAGGCAGUUUUCCCGGAGGCUGCGUCUUUAGGGUCGGAUAUGAACAACCGGUCAGCGCGAGCAACUUCGCUAGGAAGUAAAGGAUCGUCGCGUAGUGUUAGUGGAAGCAGUGCGGAAAGCUUACCUGCUGCUUUAUGUAAGAGCCCGCCCACGUCAUCGCCCAUAAGCAGCUCUGCCGCUGAAGGGAUUCCUCGUGUUCCGUCUCGUGGUGUAUUGCAGAACGCCAUUCCUUUCACUUUCGCUCAAUCCGCUGGUCUACCAACAACGAUUGCCACACACGCACUACCGCCAGUGAUAUCAGUUAGCGGGGUAACCCAGCAAAAACCGACUUCUCCUAUUUCACCUCGUACCGGUGUCGUGGAGGAGCAGUCUCGAAGUCCGCCAGCUCAAAAAUGCUCGGCUGCACCAGUUUCUGGAACAAAAGAACCGACGGAGCGGCAACCAGUUGAAAACGGAAAGCCAACAACGUGAAUCUUCGACUUCAAUAAAUAUGAAAAAGCACCGUGCCAGGCUGCCGUUCGGCGAUAUGGAGAGGGCAAGUAUGGUGGCGCACCUAUCACAAAACAUGCAACCCCAAAGUGCAUACAAUGGUGACCGACGCCCAAAAUGACAUUCUUUGUCCAGAUCGUUCUUAGUGUUAAGAAACAUUAACCUUCAAAAUAUCAAAAUAAACAUGACCUGUAUUAUGCUGAACUUGAAUCAAUGACGUUGAAUCUGCUUGAUGAUCACUUUUCUUUUGAAGCGUUCAUUGGAAACAGGAUCAAGAUUAUAUUUCUUUAUCGUGUCAUCAGCAUUGUAAUUAAUAAUGUUAGCAUUCCAUCAGUUAUUUGAGGUUUUGUCAAACUGACUUUUUUAUCAAUUACUCUGUGUUCUGCAUUCUAGUGACUGAAAUGAUAACACAGCACUAUUGUCAUAUUCUAUUUUUGUCAAAAUUCUAUACAAUCAUUUAAUUUUUUUUAAAUAUAUCAUUUGAAAUGUGUGCUAACAACAUAGAGUUUAUUCUUAGAUCAUGUUUGGAUGAGAAAAUGAAGUCAAUAUAAUUUUAGUUUCAGUUUUCAUAUUCAAUUUUGCAUUUACAAUUUUUGGUCAAGAGAAUCCGUUAUGAAAAUUUUCCCUAGUCCUAAGCCAGCUCUACUACUAAACCUUACAUCUACAAUUGAAUUUAUUAGAAUAUUAUAUUUUAUAUAUAUCAUGAUUGAAUGCUCCACCUAGGAACUCAUUUCGUUAGAUUUAUUUGAAAAUAAAACAUUAUGCCAUACUAUAUUGGUCCAGUGUGUGUACUCUCUUAAAAACAGGUUGAAGAACAUAAAACAUUUUUCUGAAGGGAUUGCAAAGCUUUGUGUGGUUUCUCCUGGUAGGCUCAACCAAUAUUUGCAACAGUGCCCUCACAUGAUCUUUGAGUAAACUUAUUGUUUGGUAAUAAAUAUGUGCCAUUAUUUUCUUUUCAAUUUUGGUAACUAAAUUUAUAAUUAAGACUAAUUGAAUGGCUACAAAUCUACUAUUAUCCCGAAUAUGGUAGAAUGUGUUCUUCGCUGUAUUAUUUCUGAUAUAACUAUAUGUUUUAUUAAUUAUUAGUAUUAUUAUUUAGGGGUUUUUGCUUGAUCACUUAACCCAUUUGUCAUAUUUUCCUUGAUUAUUUUUUCUCUAAUUCUGGACUGAAAAUCGGCCCAAAACUUGGGUGGCGUCAUUCAUGGGUAUUUUUUUAAUGCUUUUUUUUCUAUUUCCAUGAAAAUUCAAAAUUUCUUAGUGGGGUCAUAUGCUUUGAGAGCUGAUUUUUGUGUUGCUUAGGAAUUUUCCAUCGAAAAGAUGAUUGUUUCAUAUCAGCUCAUCCUUGACUACAGCAGAUGACGUGUGCCUAUGCUGUAGCUGUAGUGUUAUGAGCUGACUGAUGAAAACAACGAUCAUUUCCUGAGUGAACGCUUUCUUUCAUCAUGUAGUAGUGUGGCCGUUGUCGUUUUUCUUUCAUUUAUUAUUUUUGUUGCAAGACUGUGCCUUUUCUCUGAACACUAACUGCAAUUAAAUUCAAAAAUGAA